AUGGCCCCCCUCCACCGCCGCGCACCUAGCAGAGACGCCGAGCUAGGCAAGCGAGACGACGACUACCGGCCAAGGACAAGUACGUCUUCGACAGGCCUGCCAUGGCGAUGGCGCAAGAGGAGGGUCGUGUUCGUCCUACUCGGGCUUAUGCUGGUCUACCUCUUCAUAAAGAACAUGCCCACAGAUCUUCCGACGAUUGAUGAACGCAUGGGAAGGCCCUCACGCCCAGGGCACGUCGUACCAGUAUCAGAUGUGCGGGCGCUCAAAGAGCCGGUGGGCGCACCUCCACGGUCUGCGAACGACGACGAGGGACCGCACUACUACAACGGACCGAUCAAGUUCUACCGGCUUGCUACCACUUUACGAGGCAUUUCGCGGACAGGAGGGUCAAAAGUGGACAACCGGAACGUGCUAUUCGCAGCUUCGUCAUUGAAGAGUGUUGCGAACCUCAUACCGAUGGCUUGCGCGAUGGCAAAGGCGGACAGGAAUUACGUGCAUCUGGCGCUACUUGGAAGGGACGCUCUACCUCUGAAUGAUAUACUGGAGAUCAACGGCUUCGACAAGAAAUCAUGCCAAGUCUUCUUCCACGAUGCGCGCGGGGAUUACUCCGAGUACAGCUCGGAGACGCGAGCAGAAGUGUCGGUUUCAGGCGCCAUGAAGCAUAUAAACGACUUCAUCCAUGCGCAGGCGAUUGUCAUGGAUGACAGCAUUGUCGAGGAUGGCUUCUUCACACGCGCGAUGCGAAGGAGAGCAGGGGAGUACCGGCGCGCACUGAUCGAGGUACCUGCCGAGAGCUCCGGCGGUCUUAUUCGACUGCUCAAGAGCCUUCAACGAGCAGACUAUACAGGACUGCGGCCGCCGCGGUUGUCCAUUGAGCUGCCCAAUGACAUCGAGCACUUCGCGAGAGGGUACAUCGAAGGUUUGGACUGGCCGCCUGAUGAGAGGGCUUCGCCUUUAAGAACGAAUGCUCUAUCACUGCGGCAUCGUAUCACGACUUCACGUUUGAACUCCGAGCAGAUGUCUCUCCGCUUUGUGGAGUCGUUCUUCCCUGCCUCUACCAUCGACGAUCAUGUGCUCAUACUCUCACCGCAAGCUGAGGUGGAUCAACUCUACCUCCAGUACUUGUACUACCUCAUCUUGGAGUACCGCUACUCUCUGAUCGGGAGCCGAGACACGGAGGAUCUCCUUGGCCUUUCUCUGGACGUGCCGACGAACUUCAUCAACGGCUCUUCCGGCUUCGAGCCGCCAACAGCAGCAGAUAUGCAGGAAGAUGAAGAUCGAAAGUACGAAGCCUUGGCCAAGUCGGAUCCUGUGCCUUUCUUAUAUCAAGCCCCCUCGUCGACCUCAAGCCUAAUCUUUGGCGACAAAUGGACGACUUUCCACAACUUCCUCUCGCGGCGGUUGGAAAUGUCUGAGACCGGCGUGGCAGAAAAGCACACGAAGCAAGUCGCCGAGACCGAACCAGCUUGGAUGGAGUAUCUGCUCGAACUCAUGACGGCGAGAGGCUGGAACAUGCUGCAUCCUGCUUCUCCAAUGGGAACUGUGCAUAAUGAACUUGCUCGGAUACCUGAAGAGUACAUUCGCGAAGCCAAAACCAAGGACGAAAAGCCAAAUACCGCUCCACCACAAAAUUCAGAAGACGAGCCUUUUCUCAUUGCCGACACCCCGCCGUCCAUUCAACCGCACGUCGAACACAACCAGCCAGCCAGCCAUUUGUCACUCUCAGACACUCUACCGUUCGACGGGAACCUUCCAGAUCUCGGCACCCUCCCGCAUCUCUACCGCAAUGGCAAGGUCUUCGUUCCCUACGAGAGCGGUGAGUACCAAGACACAUAUCUCACGUGGUUCCGCCAGCAUAUCGGCGGCUGCGACUUGGCGACUGCACAGAGGAAGAGGGUGGUGCAUUGGUUGAGCGCGGACGACUUGUUCUGUGUGGCUGGUAUACCUAAUGAUUAUGACGAGGGAAGACGGGAAGAGGAGGAAGAGGAGGGAGGUGAUGGUGAUGAUGCCAGUGCUGAUGCGGCGUUAGCAUCAGGGGAAGCUGCAGGCGCGGAGGAAAGAAGAGAGGACGACGAGAAGAGCAGUCGGGCUCCCACUGGGCCCGGGGCCGACGACGAUGAUGGAGCAGAUGAGGGGCAACAAGACGGCGUACAGGUGUGA